AUGGAUUUUCACUCUUCCCGUCCGCGUUUUUCAGCUUGCCUCUUAUUCUGCUUAUGCCUUACGAUAAGCAUAAGCAGAGCAUAUGGAACUCAAAAGAUGUAUAUCGUCUACCUGGGAGAGAAGAAACAUGACGACGCUGCUCUGGUCACAGCUUCACACCAUGACAUGCUCAGCACCAUUCUUGGAAGCAAGGAAGAGGCAUUGGCCUCCAUCACUUAUAGCUACAAGCAUGGCUUCUCAGGCUUCGCGGCAAUGCUAACAGAUGACCAGGCACAACAUCUUGCAGACCUACCUGAAGUUAUCAGCGUUACUCCCAAUCAGAAUCACGAGUUGAUGACCACAAGAAGCUGGGACUUCCUUGGCAUGAACCUGGACCAGCAGCCACCUAACCUGGACCACCAGCCACCUAAUAAACUUCUGCAGAGGAGCAAAUAUGGAGAAGACGUAAUUAUUGGGAUAUUUGACACUGGGAUCUGGCCUGAAUCAAGAAGCUUCAGCGACCACGGAUACGGACCAAUACCGUCAAGAUGGAAGGGAGUGUGUCAGCUGGGACAGGCCUGGGAGGGCACCAACUGCAGCAGGAAGAUCAUAGGUGCACGGUACUAUCCGGCUGGACUGGAUAAAGCUGACCAAGAGGCGAAUUACAUGUCUCCACGGGACAUAAAUGGGCAUGGAACGCACACCGCAUCCACAGCAGCCGGUGCAGUGGUGGAGGGAGUCAGCCUCCAUGGCCUUGGAGUAGGGGUGGCACGUGGAGGUGCGCCCCGAGCGCGCAUUGCUGUGUACAAGGUCGCGUGGCAGACCACAAAAAGGGUGGAGCUUUCUAGCAUCGCAGUGCUAGCAGCUCUGGAUGAUGCAAUUCAUGAUGGAGUAGAUGUAUUAUGCUUACCAAUCGUCCUCAAUGAUGAUUCCUUUGGUGCACUCCAUGCAGUUCAGAAGGGUAUUACCGUUGUUUAUGGCGCGGGAAAUAGCGGGCCUCGACCACAAGUCAUUUCUAACACAGCUCCUUGGGUCAUUACAGUCGCAGCGACCAAGAUUGACCGGUCUUUUCCAACAGCAAUUACAAUGGGAAACAAUCAAACCUUAGUGGGUCAGUCACUGUAUUACCUGCUAAAAAAUGAGUCCUCGAGUGAGUUCAAACCACUUGUACACGGUGGAAGUUGCUCAGGGGAAGCGCUAAAUGGCACGAUAAUCAACGGCAAAGUUGUCCUAUGCAUUUUAGAAAAUUUUGGCCCAACACAAGACAUUCUCCCAGAAAUCAUAACAAAUGUUAAAAGUGGUGGGGCAUUUGGUGCUAUUUUUGCUCUAUAUACCAUAGAUGCUCUUUCGAGCACCGAUGAUUGUUUGGGCAUGGCGUGUGUAAUUGUUGACAUUGAUAUUGGGUUUCAAACUGCAACAUACAUCGGAAGCCAGAGAUUGCCCAUUGUGAAGAUUGAGCCAGCAAGAAAUAUUACAGGGAAACAAGUUCCUGCUCCAAAAGUGGCAUUCUUCUCUUCAAGAGGGCCAUCCGUCAAAUACCCUACAGUUCUUAAGCCUGACAUAGCCGCACCUGGAGUCAACAUCUUGGCAGCCAUAGGAGAUGGAUAUGGCUUCGACUCAGGGAAUUCAAUGUCAACCCCACAUGUAGCAGGCAUCGUAGCAUUGCUAAAGGCUGUCCAUCCUCAUUGGUCUCAUGCUGCCCUAAAAUCAGCAAUUGUUACCACCGCAUCGACCAAGGAUGAAUAUGGCAAUCCAAUGUUAGCAGAAGCACUACCCCGGAAAGUUGCCGACCCAUUUGACUAUGGAGGGGGUAACAUAAAUCCGAAUGCAGCUGUGGAUCCUGGCCUUGUUUACGACAUCGAUCCAAGAGAUUACAACAAGUUCUUCUCCUGCAACAUGCAGAAAUACAAGAUUUGCAACAUUACAACAACAUUGCCAGGCUAUCACCUAAACCUGCCUUCUAUUGCCAUUCCUGAACUAAGGCGGCCGAUUAAGGUGCAGCGAGCAGUCACAAACGUGGGAAAUGUGGAUGCAGUUUACCAAUCCGACAUACAGUCUCCCCUAGGAGUCAAGAUCAAAGUUGAUCCACCAACCCUAGUCUUCAAUGCCACACAGAAAGUGCACUCCUUCAAGGUUAGCAUAACACCUCUGUGGAAGGUGCAAGGGGACUACACUUUUGGCAGCCUAACUUGGCACAACGAGCGCCACUCAGUGAGGAUCCCAAUAGCAGUCCGGAUCACAAUCCAGGAUUUCUACGCCGACGUUGCAUAGUUACU